CCAGGGCAUUCCUAAUUUACUUUACAAGGACACUUUCCAUAGUUUGUAACACUACACACGAGUUACGGAUUUCUAGCUGCGUACAGAGUGAACUAAAUUGCCAUUACCUUUCACAUAACGCAGUUACUUCAAGACAAGACAACAUCGUCUGGAAAUCUUUCCUUCUAAUAGCAUGAUGACUGUAAUAGAGUCUUCUUUGAAUAUUCGAACAUUACACUAGUAACCGAUGAUUUUUACUAGCAGAUACUUUACUUCUGGUAACACAACGUUCAGACACUAAGAUAUUUAGUGUAACUAAAUUUAUUUAGUGUAACAUUUUACAGAGAAUCAAGAAGAUUAUUUAAGUUGUGCUAAACCAGAUAAACACCUGUGUGAGUACAAAAAAAAAAAAAAGAAUUCCUCUAGCAAUAAAUAAAAAGUUAGUGCCUUUAAUUUUUCAUAGUUAGCACAGCCAAGAUCGUAGAAGUGUCAACUUCAAAGUGCUUCGUUUAUCACUUCAACUGGUCGAUUACGAGGGAAUCAUGGAUCAUUUAUCAUAUACUGAUAAACAUUAAUUGUCGGACCUGCAUACCUUGGCAACGCUCGAUUAUCAUACCAACAUACGCAACGUAUUUUGUGUUCGAGAAUAUCGAUGAAUCGUCGUACGAUGUUUCGAAACGUUUCCCAAACGUGAGAAUACGGAAACGAUUCUUCGAGGCGAUCGAUACGAAUUAACAUGACGCAAUUACGGUUGCACAUUGCGUAUAUCGUGUCUUAUGAUCUGUAAUAACAACGAGAAAAGGAAUAUCGUAAUCGUAGCGUGGCGAUUCGGUUUCUAACUGUGUUGUUGCCUCACAUCUGUCCCUGGAAGGCAUGAGUGGGAGAAUUACACACGAAUGAUGAUUGGCGGAAAACUUUUUUUUUUACUCUUGUGGCAAACACCUUACUUCAGUAUUUAUGCGAGUAUUCCUUUCAGAGUUUUCUUAUUCCAUAAACCAUCUAUUCCUUCAAAAUCAUCAAAUCUCCUUGUUUCGUCGAAGAAGAAGAAGAAGAAAAGAAAAAAAACACGAUACCUUCAUCCUGAUCGAUUCACCAGAUAUCGUGAUCGAAAGAUUCCUUUCAAUUCGUCACAAAGUACCGAGUUUAUCACCAUCAUUGUACAGGGUGUAAUAAGUCAACGUGGUACAAAUUAUCCUGUGACUCAAAAUAAGGUGAAUCAAGAAUGACAAAAUUGCGUUGGGAGUUUCGUUUUCGAGAAAAAUGCAUUUGAAAAUUAGUCGAGUACUGAACUGACAAUCGUUUUUAUAAAUCUCACUGCAUAUUGUUGCAUUCGAUACGAUUUUAGGAUUUGUUUGAUAUUAUUAUCUAUCUGUCAACACGUUGUUAGAACAAACUAAAAUAAGGUACUAGUAAUCUAGAUAAGAAAGUGACAAGUAGACAUUAUGUCUUUAGUUUUAAUUGUGUUUAGCUAAUUUAUUAAUUAAUAAUUUGUACCAUGAUUCACAGGAUACCCUGUAUAAAACUAAUCACACUUCCAACUUUAAUAACAAUAGAAAAGGAAACUUAAAUCAAUCAUCUGAUUCGUCAAUGUUUUUUAUUUCUGCAUCUUCAUAGAACGUUAAUUUACUACAAUGAUUUAAUUUACAGUCAAUAAAUUUCCUCGUUCAAGUAUUCACCCAUUGUUUGUUAUUGUUAUUAAGCUGACGAAUUGUCAUUUCAUUCUUCAAAUAAAACUUCAUUCACCUUUACUGUUAGCUAUUUUAAAAUACCACGUACAAGUUAAAUACAAUAUUAAAAUAUCUUAUAAUAUAAUAAAUUAUAUUAAAUUAUAAUAAAUUAUAUAAUAUUGUAUUAAAAUAUUGAAAUACUAUGUUAAUAUUGAAUUAUAAUGAAUCAUAUAAUACUAUAUUAAAAUAUUGAAUUAUAAUGAAUUAUAUAAUAUUGUGUUAAAAUAUUGAAUUAUGAUAAAUCAUAUAAUACUAUGCUAAAAUAUUGAAUUAUAAUGAAUCAUAUAAUAGUAUAUGAAUCAUUAUAAAUCAUAUAAUAUACUAGUAAUGAAUCAUAUAAUACUAUGUUAAAAUAUUGAAUUAUAAUGAAUCAUAUAAUAGUAUGUGAAUCAUUAUGAAUCAUAUAAUACUAGUAAUGAAUCAUAUAAUACUAUGUUAAAAUUUGAUUAACUUUUAUUUAUUAUAUUGCAGUUACUCACUGACAGAGUAAAGGAGAACAAACACUAA